AUGUUGAAACGGCUCUUACAAAAUCAUCAUGUCAUUCUCGCUUCUCAAUCUCCGAGACGAAAGAAAAUAUUGAUAGAGAAUGGUGGACUUGAAUUUGAGAAGGAUUUUGUCAUGAUUCCAUCAUUAUUUGAUGAAAAGUCAUUGGAUAAAAAGAGUUUUCCAACACCGAAAGAUUUUGUGAUUGAAAAUUCGAGAUUGAAAGCAUUCAACGUGUUUAAUGACUUUAAAAAUUUAAAAGAAAAUUUAAUUGUUAUUGGAAGUGAUAGUGUUGUGGUAUACGAGGAGCACAUAUUAGAGAAGCCUGUGGAUGAAAUGGACGCCAUUAACAUGCUUCAAAUGUUAAGUGGUAAUACGCAUCGAGUCCUGUCUGGAGUUUCAAUUUAUAUCAAGACAGGAAAUCAAGUGGAACAAUUAGUCACAUUUGCAGCAGAGACAAAAGUAUUAUUUGACACUCUUACUUUGGAUCAUAUUAAAGAAUACAUUGAACGGGAGAGCCAUUUGAUAAGGCAGGUGCCUAUGGAAUUCAGGAUUUAG